CAUUGUAGACCUAGUAAUCGGCCAACGCAGACGUUGUACAAGUCUUAAAGUGCGACUAUAUUAUAAAUAAACUCUAAUGUAUAGCUUCUUCAAUUAAUAUUUUUUUUCAGAAGAAAACGAACGAACGAAAAAAAAAAAAAGAAAAAACCAAAUCGCGCUCAAACGUACGAUAUAUAACAAUACAUGCAACAACAACAACAACAACAACAACAACAAGAAAAAACACAAAAGAAAAUAAAAAAAAGUAUAAAAAUUUGUCAUAAUCGUAUUUAAUAUAAUGCUCGUCGAGUAAGCUCCACGUUAAUAGACAGUGCUUAUUUAACGAGUGUUUAUUGUGAAUAAAAAAAAAAAAAUAGAAAAAGAACACGAAAUGUUUCCUAUGUUUUUUAAGUGAAUGAAAAUCAUUAUAUUUUUUUUCUUUUCUUUUUUUUUUUUCUUCUUUCAGUUAGUGCACAUUCUCAGUGAAGUUUGUUAUCAAGGAAAAUACGGUAAAAGUUGACGAUUCGAGAUGCAUCGAAUAUAUGGAGACUGAGAAAACGUGGGAAAAUAUUUUAAACGCUCGUAUACGAAAUAGGAUCUCAUUAAAAAGCACCACGAUACAUUCGUCCUCGAAAAAUAUGUCCGAAAUUCAUCCACUCGUCAAAUCAGACGAGAAUACGUCUGGCAUCGAUCCUCGUAACAUCGUUAAUCUCGAGGUGGGGCUACCUGGGGACACCUGGUGGUAUCGUAUAGAGAGGGAACGAUUGGCCAAAAAAUCUGAAUGGUUUCGUGCAAUGCUCAUGGGACCCUUGGCACCAGAACGAACAGAUCCUCCUCCACUUCUAACCAUAAAACAUAUUGAAAAACGAGCGUUCGAUCAUUUUCUCAGAUAUCUCAACGAUGAGCCUAUUAUCUUUCAAUCAGUAUCAACUGCCAGAGCAACGCUUGACGUAGCACACCAAUAUCUUUGUUUAGAUCUCGCACGUUUAGCAAUAAAUUAUCUCGUAGAGAAUUUAAAUUCCUCAAACGUACUCGAAGUUUAUGAAAAUCUUUAUCUUUACGCUAAUCCGCUUUCAUUUCCUACAAUCGAAGAUAACAAUACUAUCACCGAAUCAUCAAACAAACCAUCUGCUCCACCCGCGUCCGAUGACGAGGCUAGUGAAAUAGCUGCAGCCUGCACCGAACUUCUUUCACGAUGUUUGGCAAUAAUCGAUGCUAAUCCAUCAACUAUACUUAAUCAAGAACGUUUCGAAGAAUUGAAUGCCAAAGAAGUUCAAGAAAUCUCGUGUCGUGAUACAUUGAGAUUACCUAACGAAGUGAUUCUAUUCGUUGCACUCAAUAAAUGGGCUGCAUCGAAUUGUAGAAAACGUGGUAUCGAACCUACUUCUUCAAACAAAAGGGCUGCCCUAUCGGACGAAGUGUGGUACUCCGUAAGAUAUUUACUUAUGACCGAUAGAGAAUUUAUUGAUGGUCCAAUGGUUAAUGGUAUUUUAUCUAGCGAAGAAUCAGCUUUUAUUUUUGCCAAAAUUCUUGGACAUCCUUGUAAAGGAGAGGCAAAUAUUUCAAGAAGCAGCCCUCUUUGGAGGCUAACCAAUACACCAAGGAGCGGAACAAUAACGUGCCAUAAUCAAGGUUGUAGCAUGUUAAAAUCAGGUAAGAAGGAACGUCAAGAUAAUAGAAAAAAUCGAAGAAAAGAGUGUGCUGGUCAAGCAUGUUCCAGAAUUUGUACCUGCUUCGUACGUGUUUUAGCUUGCGUAUUCGAAUAAAUACAAAAAUCGAAAAUAAACUUACACGAUCUAUUAUUAAAUAUUUCAUUAGGA